AUGGAGCUGAAGGAUCUUAAAAUAAAAACUCGUUUAGAUGAAGAAGCUGAGAGUAAAAACGGAUCUUUGGGUCUCUGUGAACGAGGAUCAUCAGGUGUUUUAUUCUCCUGGUUAAUUGGACUCAUGGGUCACCUGAGAGACGGGGUCAGAGAGGACAGGUGGAGACAGUUUCUGCUGAGUCAUGAACCGUGUCGGAGGAAAGAGAGGGAAGAGAGAAAGAGGCUGAACACCCCACACACACACACACACACACACACACACACACACACACACACACAGCUGACCGUGUUUAAAUCACAGACUGUUUUUACUCCGGACUCCUCCUUCCUCCAGUUUACGGAUUUGAAGCUGAAACGUUUUUCUGUAUUUCCGUGUUUUUUCUCCACUUCCUGA